AAUGGACAGGCGUAGAGUAAUUGUAAAUAGAGGGCCAUUAUUGGGAUAAUCUGUUAUACUAGCUCGAAUAGGCAGGCAUAACAAUUGCUGUAUUAGUAUUUAGGUGAACGGAACUGAUAAACUCGCUGUAGUAUGGAAAUUGAAGUAUCAAGUUGGUCAUCGAUGCCGUAAAAACUCCCGUCUAGGAGAUACCCCGAGUUGCUUCAUCUUUUAUUUCUUUCGAUUCUUCAAUUACAUUGCUAUACCUUGUGUAUACUUGUACAUUCUUGUUCUUUGUCUACACAACCUCGAUCUCUUGACAUCAUAUCAUGGCUUCUGCUGCUCUGUUAAUCGGUGCUAUCACGCACGCCCGCAAGGAAUGGGAGGAUCUGUCGUCGUUCUUGACGCUCAAGGAAUUCCCCUCUGGCACCCGGGAGGACUUCAUCCAAAACUGCAAGAAUGGCGAUUAUGAUGAUGUAGUUGCCAUCUAUCGAUCCAAUGCCUCGACCAAGUUUACGGGCCCUUUCAACGCAGAGAUGCUGUCCGUGCUGCCAUCAUCAUUAAAGUACAUCUGCCAUAACGGAGCAGGUUAUGACAAUGUUGAUGUUGAUGCUUGUACGCAGAAAGGAAUCGCCGUGUCCAGUACCCCUGUAGCCGUCAACAAUGCCACGGCUGACGUUGGCAUUUUCUUGAUGAUCGGGGCUCUGCGACAGGCAUACGUGCCGUUGACUUCAAUUAGAGAGGGCCAAUGGCUCGGAAAGUCUACGCUCGGUCGUGACCCCCAGGGCAAGGUCCUUGGAAUUCUCGGUAUGGGCGGUAUUGGAAGGGAAAUGGCAAACCGCGCCAAAGCCUUCGGGAUGAAUAUCCAGUAUCAUAACCGUUCGCGGUUGUCGCCUGAGCUCGAGGGGGAUUCGACCUACGUGUCGUUUGAUGAAUUGCUGGCUACUUCCGAUGUGCUGAGCUUGAACCUGGCUCUGAACGAGUCGACCCGGCAUAUCAUCGGGGAGAAGGAGUUCGGUAAGAUGAAGGACGGGAUCGUUAUCGUUAACACGGCCCGUGGGGCUUUGAUCAACGAGAAGGCUUUGGUUGCUGCGGUGGAUUCUGGGAAGGUUUUGUCGGCUGGUCUGGAUGUGUAUGAGAAUGAGCCCGUGGUGGAAUCCGGGCUUAUCAAUAACCCCCGUGUAAUGCUGCUUCCGCACAUUGGUACCAUGACCUAUGAGACGCAGAAGGACAUGGAGCUGCUGGUAUUGAACAAUCUGCGUUCGGCGGUUGAGAAGGGAAAGAUGAUCACGUUAGUUCCGGAGCAGAAAAGCGCCUUUCAGGGUAUGAAUGGGACAUCGUAAGCAUAAUUGCAAUAAAUAGACCUAGAAAUAAGAAUGUUAAAUGAAUUGUUCGAGAA